AAGUUUCAGCUUUCCUCUCCACGUGUUACCUCCACUGCAGCACCUAUGCUUCUGAGCCGUGAUGGCUGUUUGCGUGGUGUCCUCCAUUCAUCCUAGCAGUACAAUAAGGACGCAACGGCCAAGUCAUGCCACAAUAGCUUAAACUGAUAUACGGCAUGCUGAACCACCAAUGCAACUUCAGCACUGCGCCGCCGAUAGUGCAACUUGAAGGAGGAAUAUCGUUCGGAAAUAUGAGACUACCUAUGCAUAAGCAUCCAGGAAACCGCAGGUAUGGUAUGGAGCUCCAGGCUUGCGAUGUUCCCUAUCCACAUUCCUGCCAUGUAGCGGCGAAUAUCGAUGGGCUAAGGUACGAAGCAACAUACCCACGUGGGGUGCAUCUUCUGCUGCUAGUGAGCGGGCUUCACGAGGUCGCUGUGAACGAAGAGCAUUGUGAUGAGCUAGUAGCGCUGUUGCCGCCAUCUUGAUAAUACUUGUCGUUUUCAGCCUCGACAGAUUCGGUAGUAUCAAGCCAUGCGUCACAGCAGCAGAGCCCAGUGGUGAUGGUGAUCACAGUGAUGACCUUACGCAUCUUCGGCGGCGGCACCGUAUAGGUUUUAGAGAGGAGACUCCCAACAGGAGAGCUCAAUGCUGUCAGGUAUAUGGCAUGCGCACGUAUGGUGGUAAUUGGCCCCAAAAUAUCUGCAGUGUCUCAUGUCCAUAUUCGCAGUGUCGGCAUUU